AGUAUCCAACAUUAUGGAACCGGCUUUUGAUAAACUUUUUGUUUGACCUUCCGAUAAAUUGACAUCUCGCCUUGAUGGUGUUCGGAGUCGGAAGAAUAUUUUGGAAAAAACCUUUGCAAAGCAAAUCUUUGGUUCAAAAUUUGUGCAUUGCUCAAUACAGAUUACAGUACUACUCAACAGACAAAAAGAAUAUAAAAAAGAUGUCUAACAAGACAGCGCUAGUUAUCCUGGCUCAGGGGGCAGAGGAGAUGGAGACAGUCAUCACGGUGGACAUGCUCAGACGAGGCGGUGUGAAUGUCAUCCUAGCUGGUUUGGAUGGCAAAGAGCCGGUGCUAUGCUCGAGACAGGUCACUCUCGUGCCUGACGUCGCUCUGGCCGAGGCUUAUGCCCAUAAUCCAAUGUAUGAUGCUGUAAUAUUACCAGGAGGUCUAGAAGGUUCGGAGCGCCUGUCCAAGUCCCCGAUGGUGGGCACCAUACUGAAGAACCAUGAGAUGGCCAACAAGAUCAUUGCUGCUAUUUGUGCUGCGCCAACAGCGUUCGUAGCUCACGGCGUAUGUGCGAACAAGAAGCUGACUUCAUACCCGACCACUAAAGACAAGAUACCAACAGACUGCUACACUUAUGUGGAGGGAAGUAGGGUAGUCGUGGACUGUAAUGUGGUGACCAGCAGGGGUCCCGGAACAGCCUACUGGUUUGGCUUAGCUCUCAUCGAGCUUCUGGCAGGCAAGGAGAAGGCAGAACAAGUUGAAAAGGGCAUGAUCAUCUCCGGAUAUUAAUAUCUUAAUCGAUAUGUAUCGAUUUUUAUUAAUAUCGACGGAAAUAAUUCGUAGUCAUUCGAAAAGCGAAAUAUGUGAUUGGUGCAAAAAAAAAGUUUUGCGCAAAAAUUGCGCUAACUUUGCGCAAAAAUUGCGCUAACUGCGCAAAGAAGUUAAGUGCUUUUUAUUGGUAAUAAAGCAUGAUGGUAUGAUAUAGACAGACUUGUAGAUUUCCGUUGAUAUAAUAUGUUGAUUUUAAAUAUGAUUGUAUAUUCAUAUUAUAAUGCUUAUGAUUGGGGUUAGUUUGUAUCCAAAAAUUGCAUUUAAGUUAUAAAAGUUUUCUCACUAGCUUAGAGCUAUGUUUAGCAAUUUUGAAAAGAUUGCAGUUUUUAAGUUCUUAUUUUGUUUUU